AUGAUAUUCUUGCUUCUACUUUUCUCGAUCGUAUUGAUCGCAAUAUCGUCGUUAUAUUUUGACUUCAGGGGCAACACUAAAAUAACUAAAUCGCUGUCCAUAGCAAACACAAAAGGCAACCCAUUGCUGAAUAUAAAGCCGGUUUCGCCAAUGUUUGAUUGGAAGAAACAGGCUCCCUUGAAGUCCUAUCCAUUCAAAGACAAGAAAUAUAAAUUGACGAUGGCGAUCCGCAACUUGGAUGCGCAAUCAUGGCUACUAUUAGAGAGUACAUAUCUCGAUCGAAUUGAAGAGAAAACAAAGCUCCUGACCAAUAACCACCCCGCAUAUCCAAAGGAAAAAGAUUUAGAAAGAAGUACUGUAUUCUCAUCUCAGGACUCAGACCCAGCAAUACGAGAGUUCUAUGACAUCGUGAUAAAAUACAUGUGCGACAAGUAUCCCAUGUAUUUUGUAGUCCAGCGUGGAGAUACAGUCUAUAAUAGCAUUACCCACGAAUAUAUUCCACGGAAUGCAAAGAAUGUGCCCAUUCGGAAGUUGCUUCAUUACUUAAUCAGAACCAUCGAAGAAGAUUUUAUUAUCAUGAUGCCUGAUAACAAUAAACUUCAGGAGGGAAAUUGUUCCGAAUAUUUUUUCAAGGGUGGUGUAUUUGCUUUCGCUAAUGGGUUUGACCCGGCAAAUAAAUUCAAUAAGCCCUUAACUGCAAUCCACGAGCCAGUUCCUGGGUACGAGGAAAAACUUAAAGUUUCAAUGAACAAAUUCUUCAGCAGAAUACAGCCUGGUGAGUUCGUAUCACGGUCAAAUUUCUCCGUUCAAACCCAUCCAAAGUUAUAUGUGGAUGACUCGAAUAAGGGCUAUCAUUUCGAGUCACAACAAACAGAACCAUUGGAGUUCGACAAUCUUGACUUUACCACCGACAUGUAUUACCGAAGCGAACGUCAAGUACUUACCCGAUUACCAAAAACCAACGCGGUUGUUUUCACAAUCAGAACAUACUUACACCCGUUCACUCAAUUUCACGAAGUAGACGCCGAAGUUCCAAAGAGAUUCAAAGGUGCUCUUGAUGGUAUUCCAGAAGAUAUUGCAUCAUAUAAAAAUCAGAGUUAUUGGGGUCCUGCUGCUCGCAGAUUUCUUCAAGAAUUAUAA